GGCUGACGUGUAGCGCCGAGGCGGCGAUGGCGGCCGCUUGGGACGAGAUUCGGCGCCUGGCGGCCGACUUCCAGCGGGCCCAGUUUGCCGAGGUUGCCCACAGGUUGUCAGAACGGAACUGCAUAGAAAUUGUCAGUAAACUGAUUGAGGAAAAGCAGUUGGAAGUAGUGCACACACUUGAUGGAAAAGAGUAUGUCACUCCAGCACAGAUCAGUAGGGAGAUCCGGGAUGAGCUUCAUGUUUCUGGUGGUCGGGUAAACAUUGUUGACUUACAACAGAUAAUAAACGUGGACCUCCUGCACAUUGAAAACAGAGCCAACGACAUUGUUAAGUCUGAAAAAACUAUUCAGCUUGUACUGGGACAGCUUAUAAAUGAGAGUUACCUGGAUCAAUUAGCAGAAGAAAUAAAUGAUAAACUACAGGAAACUGGCCAGGUGACAAUAUCGGAGCUCUGCAAGACAUAUGACCUCCCAGGAGACUUCCUGCUGCAGGCAUUAUCCAGACGUUUGGGUAGAAUUAUUCAUGGACAGCUGGACCAGGAAAACCGUGGGGUGAUCUUCACAGAAGCCUUUGUGUCCCGGCAUCGCGCGCGCAUCCGUGGUCUCUUCACUGCCAUCACUCGGCCUACACCUGUUAGUAACUUGAUCACUCGAUAUGGAUUUCAAGAACAUUUGCUUUACUCUUUGCUGGAAGAACUUGUUAACACUGGUCGUCUGAAAGGCACCGUGGUUGGUGGGAGACAGGACAAGGCUGUGUUUGUUCCAGACAUCUAUGCCAGAACACAGAGCAACUGGGUGGAUUCCUUUUUCAAGCAAAAUGGUUACUUAGAGUUUGAUGCAUUGUACAGACUUGGCAUCCCUGACCCAGCAAGCUACAUUAAAAAAAGAUACAAGUCCACACAGCUCUUAUUUCUGCGAGCAGCUUGUGUUGGUCAAGAAAUUGUGGAUCAAGUUGAAGCCUCUGUAGAGGAAGCCAUCAGCUCUGGAAACUGGAUAGAUGUAGCAACUCUUCUGCCCAGCUCGUUGUCAGUAGAAGAUGUUGGGAUUUUGCUUCAGCAAGUGUUGAGAUCUUUAAACAAAAGUUCUUCGGGUUUAGUCUUCAGUGACACCAUUGUGGUCAGUGAGAAAUUUCUAAGCAGAUGUGCUGAUCUGUUUUCUGAUAGGAUGCAACAAAAAGCUGAAAAGGAAAUGAAAAAUAACCCUGUUAACUUAAUCACUGAAGAAGAUUUAAAACAGGCUUCUCUUUUAGAGAAUUCAUAUGCUAAUAAAAAAGACAAAAAGGAUGAAAGAAGAAAGAAAGCAACAGAGGGCAGUGGAAGCGUGAGAGGAGGAGGAGGAGGUAAUGCCAGAGAGAUCAAGAUCAAGAAAACCAAAAAGAAAGGAAGAAAGGAUGCUGACAGUGAUGAGGAGUCACAGACAGCUAGCACAGGUAGGAAUAAGCAGCCAGAGUUCCAUUUCAUGUCACAAGAGGAAAUUGAAGAUGUUUUAAAGACCCACUUGCAGGACUGCCCUGAAGAGCUUAUUACAGACCUUGCUGAACAUCUAAUAAGACCUUUAACAAAAACUUACCAGGAAGUUGUGCGCUGUGUUUUUACAUCUUCAACCUCUUCCUCUGGAGCUAGCAGAAGACAGACUAUGAAGGACUUGCAGGAGGAAUUCUCAAACUUGUACAACAACAUUAGGUUGUUUGAAAAGGGAACAAAACAUUUCACAGAUGAGACACAGACCAACCUAGCCAAACACCUGCUGAAGACUGUCUGUACAGACAUUACCAAUCUUAUUUUCAACUUCCUAGCAUCUGAGUCAAUGAUGACAACAGAAAAUUCUUCUGCAAUCACAAGUGAGGUCCGGACCAAGAUUUUAGGUAAAUUGCCUGAAGACACCAAAGGUCCUUUAACUAAACUGCAUACUUCUCUGAAUGGCAAGAGUGUAGAAGAUUUUCUUUCAUGCCUGGAUUCUGCAGUGGACAUUUGUGGUAUUAUGGUGAAAAAAGGAGACAAAAAGAGGGAAAGGCAGGUGUUAUUUCAGCAUAGACAAGCUCUGAUUGAACAGCUAAAAGUCACAGAGGAUCCAGCUCUUGUUCUGCACCUGACGUCAGUCCUGUUAUUUCAGUUUUCAACCCACUGUAUGCUUCAUGCACCAGGAAGAUCAGUACCACAGAUCAUUAAUUUCCUAAGUGGCAAGAUCCCAGAGGAUCAGCAUUCUCUAUUAGUCAAAUACCAGGGAUUAGUCGUGAAACAGCUCAUCAGCCAGACUAAGAAAACUGAACAAGGAGACAGUGACUCAACAGAUAACCUGAAAGAGGAGGAAGGAGCAGAUGCCAUUCGAAAAGAGCUCCAGGAAAUCACUACCUCUAUCAAGGAUCUUGUUCUCAGACCUAGGAAAUCUUCUGUAACAGAGGAAUAAAAUUACUGUUCAGUGCAUACACAUCACAUUAUUUAUUAUUGGUUUUUAUCCUGAAAGGAAGAACAGCAGAAAAUGCUUUGACAAGCUUUUAAGUUUGGCUUCUAAGAAUUGCAAAUCACAGCCAGGGGAUGCAGUUGUUGGAUGAUUGGUGCAAAUGGAGCUUCGUUAUGUACCACUGCAGUGUACAUGUAGCACACAUGAAAUGUAAGUGUGAGAGUGCACAGUUGUGGGCACUCUGGGUAUGAGAUUAAUGGGUUUUAAUUGACACCUUCAUGUGAGGCCUCAAGAAAUGCUUAUUCUUCAAAUAACUGUAUUCCCUGCCAUACACACACAGGCUUAUGGUUUGACUUCUCUGAUUUGGAUUUAUAGCAAUCUAAGGACUGCAUAGAAAUGUCUAUAAGCCUGUGUAUCUUAACUUCAAAUACUAGUUAUGAGCUGUGUACUUAUAUCUACCAGUAUACCAAAAAAGGCCAUUUUUACUGUUUUGUCUCAUUAGUGGAUGUUUUUAGCUUCAGUUCACAGGACUGCAACAGCAAAACCAUUAAGUACAAGUGUAUAUUGCUAAACAUAAGAGAAGCAAACCAGUAAUAAUAUGAGCUUCUAAGUGUACUGAAAGCUCGUGAAAAGCAGCACACUCGUACUGGUGCUGUAUUCUGGUAAUGUCUGUAACAGCAGUUCAUUUUGAACUUGGUAAUUGAGACAGAGGUUGGGGAUGGUGUUUUGCAUUGGUGUGUUGAAAGUGGGUAAAUACUGCUGCACCUGCUCCAGUUUACACACUCUAAUGUUCAUUCAGCAGACUUGUUGAGCCCUUAAUCCAGUCACCAUAGCAGUUAGAAGCACUUGCUUGUGUUGUCAGCUCCUUGAGAGAAGUGGGAUUCCAUUUGUCAUGAGCUUCUUGAAAGGAAUUUACUUUAUGAUCUUUCUACAUAGACUUUAUAGACUGAAAUAUCAGCUAAAACCUUUCCCUCAAGUUUUUUACCAGCCUUAUUUUUACACAAACAGUACUUUAUGUCUUCAGGAAGGUGGGAAAAUGUAUAAAACAGAGUUCUGCCACUAUUAAUGACACCAUCCUUGUAUGUCAAAUAGGCUUCUUAUUUUUAAGAGAAGACCAUUUCCAAACCAGAAACAUUUCAGUUGCAUGACUCCAGUAAUGACCAUUGAUUUCAUGAGUGUCAUUUUGGGAUUUUGCAUAAAAGUUUUGAGUACUAAGACAAGAAGUCGAGUUCUUUUCACUAAAAAUAUCACUCACCCAUGCUUGCCAGUAUUCUUUGAUGAUAAAAGCAAGCAAAUUCUGUGCAAGCCCUUUUCUCUUCAAGUAUUUCUGUUUGCCAGCAGUUUGGAUUUACAAGCUUAAUCAUAAAUACACCUAAGCUUGGAAUGGCAAAGAAAAUUGAAGAGGCCAGGUGUGGAAGCUCAGUAACAGAUUAACCAAGGCUCAUUUUGGUAAGGCAACAAAUGUAAUUUUAUAAGUAAAAAAAAAAGAAGUAAUGCUUAACAGUGUUCACAUCAAUGCUGGUCUUUUACUGACUGCAGGGCAAAACAGUUUGUCUGCUGUAAGGCAGAGCAAAGGUAGUUGUUUCUCUUUCCAUAGCUGGAGGCUGUCAUAGCUGACAAUGAAGGACAGGUAGGAAUAAGAGGUGAAAAAUAUUCAGGCUGUUUUAACUUUAAGAAACAGAGUUUGCCUACAGGGUUCAAUUUCUUGUCAUUUAUCCAGAGUAAUGAUUAAUUUCCUAUACUGAAUGUAAACAAUUUUAUAUGACAUGGAGGUGUUUUGUAAAUAACCUGCUAUGUGGCAUUCUGUCUGCAAAGAUGACAUUAUUUUAGUAACAUUAAAUGAUGAAGUGUUUCAAAUGCA